AUGCUCGAGCGGUUCUCGACUUGUGCUGGCUUGACCUCGAGUCGAGCCCGGGCGCACAGGCUUAGAUCCGUACUAAAGCCGGUAGCUUCAUCCUCUGUCAUUGGAUUCCGCCGUUCAAACAGCCAUGCGGCUCAAAUUGAUCGGCCAUUCCGAAUUGCAGUUGUGGGGUCUGGCCCUGCCGGCUUCUAUGCAGCAUCGCGACUAUUGAGCAAAAGAACGGACACAUGUGUGGACAUGUUCGAGAAGCUCCCCGUGCCUUUCGGAUUGGCUAGAUAUGGCGUGGCUCCGGACCAUCCUGAAGUAAAGAAUUGCGAGGACAAAUUUGAAGAAGUCGCGGAAUCUCCCCGCUUCAAUUUCGUGGGGAACAUUGAUCUCGGCACUGACCUACCUCUCGCUGCAUUGAGACCCCAUUACGAUGCCAUUCUUUUCGCCUAUGGUGCAUCUCAAGACAAAAAGCUGGGCAUUCCUGGAGAAGACGCUCAGCGAGGCGUUUAUUCGGCGCGGGCCUUUGUUGGGUGGUACAAUGGAUUACCCGAACAUCGUGAUCUUGCACCUGACCUAUCUAGCGGUGAAGAUGCUGUCAUCGUGGGUCAGGGUAACGUCGCGCUAGAUGUGGCCCGCAUCCUUCUCUCGGGUGUGGAUGCUCUCAAACACACCGACAUUGCAGACCAUGCUCUAGAAGCACUAUCUAGAAGCCGCAUCAAGCGUGUCCGCGUGGUCGGCCGUCGGGGGCCAUUGCAGGCGUCUUUCACGAUAAAGGAGAUUCGAGAACUUCUCCAGCUGCCUAAUGUGGCUUUUGACCCAAUUCCACAAGAUAUCUUUCCUCCCGAAGAUUUUGUCUCGAGGCUGCCACGGGCUCAAAAGCGACUCAUGCAACUUUUCGCCAAAGGCUCUGCUAAUGAUCGUACAACAUCGCCGAAGUCCUGGUCGUUGGACUUCUUGCUCUCUCCCGACUCGCUUCACUGGUCUUCCACGCACCCAUCGCGUCUGACACAUGCCAGGUUCGCGCGAAACGAACUCGAUCCGGCCGAUCCAUAUAGUCCAAGCUCCAAAGUGACUAACAAAUAUUCAUCUGAUGGCGAAUGCGCUAUGGUCGAUUUACACUCCAGUGUAUUCUUCCGCAGUGUGGGCUACAAGUCUCUUCCAUUACCAGGCAUGGAGGACCUGGGUAUUGAAUUCGAUGCCCAGCGAGGAAUCAUCCCCAACGACGGUUUUGGACGCGUGAGAAGCCCCUCCGGAAAGGGAGCUCCCCAGGAAUUGCCAGACGGCUCGAUGAUCGCCCUGUUGCCUGGCCUUUACUGUGCAGGGUGGGUCAAGCGUGGACCGACUGGCGUGAUUGCGUCGACCAUGGCGGAUGCUUUUACUACAGCCGAUACGAUAUUGCAGGAUUUGACGACUCGACAGGUCGAUCAAUCAGCCAAAAGCACCGUCCUCGGUUGGGAAGGUAUCAAGUCGGAGGCGGUGGGACAAGGUCUACGAACGACGUCUUGGCAGGAUUGGCGACGAAUCGACGCGGCUGAACGACAGCGAGGUCAGGAACGCGGAAAGAAUCGCGAGAAGUUUUCUCGUGUUGAAGAGAUGCUAGAGGUGCUUGGCUGA